AUGCAGAGGCACUAUAAAACACCCUUCGACAUAGUACCGGAACACCAUUCUGGUUUGGCCUCGUUAAUUCUCGCAAAGUUGGAGUACUUGCAGCAUAAGUUUCUGGAGCUGCAGUACGAGUUACACGAGCAUCGAGAGGAGAGUGCACAGAAUCAAGCGACACAGGAGAAAACUUUCAUUGACUUCCUGUGGACUUUGGAACGUUUAGAUGAUCGACUACAACAUGAUGUGGGCCGCAAUUUCACGGUGCUGCAGGAAAGAUCGUGGCAGAUCCUUGUUCAACAGACAGCGUGUGCCAAUCAUGAUGCGUUACGAGAGAAACUCUUCGAUUUCAUACCGAAACAGAACCAAUCACUCAUCGAUUUGGAGCAAAAUUUAUUGUCCAACAAUUCCUCUUUCAAACUACGAAAGCAGAAUUGCGUAACUCCAGUGAUCACCUCAAUUCCCGUAACCAGCACAACAUCAGCUGCCUCGACAACAGCCAAGAUUGAGUCAGGCCAUUCAUCUUGCAAGGAUGUAGCAUCAAAUGUGUCUGGGACCUACUUGAUUCGUGCCAAGAGUGGAAGUGAUCCAUUUCCCGUGUAUUGUGAACAACAGCAGUUUGGUGGCGGGUGGCUCGUAUUACAGUAUCGAUACGAUGGAUCAGUGGACUUUAAUCGUAACUGGACUGAAUUCAAGAAUGGCUUCGGAGAUAUCAAGAAAGAGUACUGGCUGGGACUGGAGAAGUUGCACCAGCUCACAUCAGCUCGUGCGAAUGAGUUGAUUGUGGAACUGAAAGACUUUAACGGCACAUAUAAAUAUGCCCGAUAUGACGGAUUUGAGAUCGGAAGUGAAAGCGAGCAGUAUAGCCUAAAAACGUUAGGGACAUAUAGUGGAACCGCUGGUGACUCACUGGAGUAUCAUAAGGAGAUGAAGUUCUCGACUAAAGAUCGCGAUAACGACCAAUUAAGCACCAAUUGCGCUAUAGAUUAUGAAGGUGCCUGGUGGCACAAAGGUUGUUUUCAUUCACAUUUGAACGGGCGAUAUCUUAAUGUCGAAAGUAAUAAAGCGAUGGGUUGGUACCAUUUCCAAAAUAACCCUCAAGGAAUGAGCUAUUCAAGAAUGAUGAUUCGUUCCAUAUAG